AUGGGGUCCCGGGCUGAGCUGUGCAUUCUCUUAGGCGGAUUCUCAUUACUCCUGCUCCUGAUGUCAGGCCAGGGGGCCAAGGGUGGAUCUCUCCAAGAGAGUCAGGGGGUCUGCUCCAAGCAGACACUGGUGGUCCCGCUCCGCUACAACGAGUCCUACAGCCAACCGGUGUACAAGCCCUACCUGACCGUGUGCGCUGGAAGGCGCAUCUGCAGUACCUACAGGACCACUUACCGCGUGGCGUGGCGGGAGGUGAGGCGGGAGGUGCAGCAGACCCAUGCCGUGUGCUGCCAGGGCUGGAAGAAGCGGCACCCGGGGGCGCUCACCUGUGAAGCCAUCUGCGCCAAGCCUUGCCUGAACGGGGGCUCCUGCGUUCGGCCCGACCAGUGCGAGUGCGCCCCCGGCUGGGGAGGGAAGCACUGUCACGUGGAUGUGGAUGAAUGUAGGGCUGGCGUCACCCUCUGCUCCCACCGUUGUCUCAACACGGCAGGCAGCUUCACCUGCAGCUGCCCCCUCGGCCUGUUGCUGGGCCCGGACGGGCGCACCUGCGCAGCGGAGUCCCCGGAGCCGCCAACCGGCGCCAGCAUCCUCAGCGUGGCCGUUCGGGAGGCGGAACAUGACGAGCGCGCACUGAGGCGGGAGAUUCGUGAGCUGCGAGGGCGCCUGGAGCGGCUGGAGCAGUGGGUCGGUCAGGCCGGGGCCUGGGUCAGAGCGGUGCUGCCCAUGCCGCCCGAAGAGCUGCAGCCGGAACAGGUGGCUGAGCUGUGGGGCAGAGGCGACAGGAUCGAAUCUCUCAGUGAUCAGAUGCUGCUGCUGGAGGAGAGGCUGGGCACCUGCUCCUGCGAGGACAACAGCCUGGGCCCUGGCCUCAAUCAUUGAUAAGGAGCCUCGCAGCGCCCCUGCCCCCUAAUUUAUACAGAAACUGGACCCCCUAAUCCUCUGGGAUUGGCCAACUGGGAGCUGCAGAUAAGGCUAUCAGCCAC